AUGGCAUCCGGACAUGGCCAUGGUAGCAUGUCGUUGAGCAUGAAAUUGAUUCGACUUCUCAUUGUGCUUUUCAACUUGGCAUUCGUUGUUGUUGGAACAGUAAUACUGGUUAUUGGUGUUUAUGUUAUUAAAGAUCCUAAAAUGCAACAACUGCGUCCAUUACUUAACCCUGAUAUAACAUCAUCGUAUUCGAAAAGUUUAUCAAAUAUUGAAAUAUUUUCUAUUGCAUUAAUCGUUAUUGGUGGUGUUUUAUUAUUAAUUGGAUUUCUCGGUUGUUGUGGAGCCAUAAAAGGUUUUCGAUUUUUACAUUUUGUCUAUGCAGUUAUUAUUGGUGUAGUAAUUGUGGCUGAAAUUUUUAUUAUUAUCUCUUUUAUUGCGUAUCAACAUAAAUUUAAAUCAGAACUUGUUACUAGACUUCAAGGUUCUAUUGCUUCAUUUUAUGUUGGUGUUGAAGUUGACAAUUCAACAGCAACUAAUCCAGUAUCAAUAUCAUGGGAUUUUGCUCAAUUCAAUUUAAAAUGUUGCGGUGCUAUUGGUCCAAAUGACUUUUCACGUGCUGAAAAAUGGAAUAGAAAAAAUCCAUAUAAUCGUGCCACAAAUCUAACUGUUCCUUUUACAUGUUGUCCAUUGAAUGCAACUAAUAAUUGGACUAUAUUACCAACAGAUUUGUCUGCAGCAAGUACAUGUGCAACAACAGGUCAAAAUGCUUAUUCGCAAGGAUGUUAUGAUCGUCUGAUUGAUCUAUUACUUAGAUAUAAAAAGAAUGCCAUCAUUGGCGCUGCUAUCGUGGGUGUGAUUGAAAUACUUGCUUUUAUAUUUGCUAUUUCUCUCUAUUGCCGCAAAGACAACUAUGAUAGUUUGUGA